AUAGGCUCUAUCGAUAGCUUGCAGUUCUAGUAAGAAUAUCCAAAUUCCUUAAUAAAUUUUAAAGCAAGGCAAUUGCAAUGAUAAAAUUAAGCAAACAAUAACAAUCAAAGUGUGCUGCAAUGGAAGCGACGGAAGAACAACUUAUACUAGCCACUGGCGGCUACGACCAUACCAUCAAAGUGUGGCAGGCGCACACCGGCAACUGCAUUAAAACCAUGCGCUUUGUGGAGACUUCGCAAGUUAAUGCACUGGACCGUACGCCGGAUAAAACACGCCUAGCCGCAUGUGGCUAUCAGUGUAUACGUUUGUAUGACUUAGAAUCCAAUUGCACGGCGCCGGUCAUCAAUUUCGACGGUGUUCAAAAGAAUGUCACACGGCUCGGCUUUCAGGAGGAUGGCAAUUGGAUGUUCACAGCCGGCGAGGAUCAUCGUGUGCGGAUCUGGGACAUGAUAUCAGCACCGCCCCAUUGUUCACGUGUCUUCGAUUGCCAGGCGCCCGUGAAUGCCGCCUGUCUGCAUCCCAAUCAAGUGGAAAUUGCAAUGGGCUCACAAAAUGGCGGCGUCUACCUCUGGGACGUAAAGUCGGAGGUGCACGAGCAGCUGGUGCCCGAGGUGGAUGCCUCAAUACAGGAUGUGGCCAUUUCACCAGAUGGCCAUUAUAUGGCCGCAGCCAACAACAAGGGCAACUGCUACAUCUGGCAGCUGAGCAGCAGUCCCAGCCAGCAUUUGAGCACAAUGAGUCCCAAAAAGAAAAUCCAAGCACACAGCCGUUCCAUACUUCGCUGCAAGUUCAGUCCCGACUCGCGUCUCCUCGUAACAACAUCGGGCGAUGGCACCGCCUGCAUUUGGAAAACGGAGGACUUCACCAAAUGGCGCGAGCUCUCUAUUAAAAACUAUUGGGUCUGGGAUGCUGCAUUCAGCGCCGAUUCCAAAUGGCUAUUCACAGCCUCCUCCGAUGGCAUUGCCCGUCUCUGGAAAUUGCAUACGAAGAACUGCGUGCGCGACUACACGGGCCAUACCAAGGCAAUUACGGCUCUGUCCUUCAAGGAUGAAAUUGUGGCCGACUAACUAAUAAGCAUAGCCUUAGCUCUAGCUGUAAAAGAAUAGACAAAUAGGUAUACAAACAGAGAAGCAACAAAUUAGUCAUGUGCAUCGUCCACUCUGGCUGAUGCUUGAUAAUAUUGAAUAGGAACAGCAAAGAACCGAUUUAAAGAUGAAGCCCAAUGCUUCAGAAUGCGAUACUUGAGAGUAAAUCCUUUUGGAGACAGUCGGGUCCGAGGCGAGAUUUGGAAGGGCAAAGAAAAAACCAGAACUGACUUGAGUUCUACCUCUAAAAAUGCGUUUUUGCUUUUGUGGCGACAUUUUUCAUAAAUUUUUUUAUAUAUAAUC